UGUAUUUCAUUAUUUCGGAGUCAUGUGAACUGUUUGCGAGGAUCGGCGAGGUGUGAAGUCUCUAUGUGCCUGUGAUGCGGGCAGUGUUGAACGGCCUUUCAGGUGAGGUUUACGGCGGGGACGACGCUUUGUGUUUGAAGGGAUGUUAGAGACAGUGAAAGGAUGAAAGCCGUGAGGAUGGAUGGAAGGAAGCACUGCGGGUUCGUCAGGGGCAGCGAGUACGGGCUCAUGAAGCGGGUUCCAGUUGUGGAGCAUAAAAUAAUGGGCUGCGAUGCAGCGAGUUCGUGAUAUCGAGGAGUGUUUGGCUCGUGUGUGAUAGAGAGCGUCGACAGCCACUAGAGCGUAUCAGCGGCCCGAGACCAGAACGGCAUGUUCAAACGUCGCAGCAUGGUUGUUCGAAUCGUGUGACGAGAUGAAUCCUGUUCCUGUUCACGUGUAACAAAUGAGUGAAAGUUGCUUUUACAAUAGUAUUUGAAUUCACUCUUGUCGUCCUCGCGAGGUCUGCUCGUUUCCUAGGCGACUCAUCUAUGCGAUGGUGUGCAGCCUUACAGGCUCGGACGGUGACAGCGUGACAUGAGCGCCACGUUGCAGCCCGAUGCACGUCGUGUUCGUACUCCGUGCGGGAAUAUGUUCGUUUGUUCGGGUAGACUCAGUAAUGCAGCUGAUGGUUGUGCCUUCAGUACAUGCGCCAAUCCUGCUCGUGCUACCGCAGUAUGUUGCUCCUGGCUUACGAAGACGACCAACGCGAGGCGAGCGCUUAUGAUGGAUGGCCACCUGUACGCAAAUGCGAUCCUCUAUUCGGGCGUCUUCUCCGCGUCACAUCAUCCAUGGUGGGAAGGCUGCGGCACCGGCUGCGGCCGUCGAAGAGCAGACAAAACAUUUUGAUUGGAUGGAUGCAGAGAGAAGACAAGUGAGCGACUGUCAUGAAAGGGGACGGAGAUGCGCAGUCACCUAUGUUUACGCAUGGUGAGGAGGCCGCGACUGUUAUCAGCUACUGGAA